UUACCAGUCAAAGGAUCCUUUUCGUGCUGGUUUUAUUCCUCUAUUACCAAAAUGUGCAGCCACCGGAGCACUAGCACCAGGGGCUUCGGCACAUACGGAAGCAUUGUGUGCUUCUACUAGUCUGCUCAAUUCUGCUCUUCUCUCUACUUCUUAUUCUCAUAAUCCGAUUCCGACCGGAAAUGUCGCGCUCGCACUUAGUGCGUUCUAUCGAAUGUGGACAAUGCAAUUUGACAGCAUAAAAAAGGAGGGAUUUCAAAUUUUGCGCAACGAGUUGGCUUCUAUACGGCGAGAACAUUUGCAGCUGCAUGAGACGGCCGUAAAACUUACGGCUGAGUUGGGCUCCAUCAGCCGUGAUGCACAAACUUCAACUGCACAAAGAAAAUUGUCAGAUGCCACAACGCGGAUAGAAAAGUUGGACGCCACAGCCGAAGAAUCUCGACAGGCAAUGCGACGUGAAUUGAUAAUGCUGUGCAAUGAAUUUCGUGACACCAUUACAACCGUCUCGAAUCGAGUUACCAUAAUUGAAAAGCUGUCUGAGCAACAUGGCGGAGCUGUUGCCAAUGGUUCUGAACUGUCCCGAAUACGACACAAAGUCCUGCACUACUUGACCUAUAUGUGUGUCUCAUUGUUUGCGCUGUUGACCAUGUUGCUACAGGUGCUCAUUCGGUGUCUCAAUUUGAGUGUCGUGCUACCGGAAAACCUCACUCUCGCGCUCUGUUCUUCCAUCGUCUUGGCUGUUGGAUUCAUCUUGGUCUACAUUUCCGAACCAUC